CAUGAGAGAGACAGGCGUGCAUCUUGCUGGGUUGAAUGAGAGGAGCGAGACAACUCUUUGGGUUGUUUAAGAUCUUAUGGGAGAAGAGAAAUGUGUUGUUUCCAGACAAUCGGAGGGAAAGUGAUGAUGCAGCAUGGAUGAGAGGGGGAGAUGAAUGGGAUCUGUUACAUAACCUGUUUUCCAAGAUUUCAGAUUGAGUUUGAGAUUUCCCAUACAUUUUACUGCUGGUUUAAAGCAUGUCUGUAAACUUGCAAAUGGCCACAAUGCGCUGUUAUUUAUAAAAGAUGAACCACAGCAUUAAUUGAACUGUGCUACACACUGUGUUGUGGCAAUGUGAUCAAUUGACACAAUGACUCUACACUCAAUCAAUUCAAGUCAUUAUAAAAGUGAAUGCAUUGACUCAAAUAAUCCAGCAAUCAGUGUUGUGGAUUAUUCAGGAAAAAAACCUCUGGUUUCUGAAGUUUUAUGAUAUUGUAGUAGCAUGCCAAUUCAAAUUUAAAUGAAAGGUAACGAUUAACCUGCACUCAGGAUAAUUCCAAAAGUCCUGUUCAAAGGGAUCACAGGAAAAGACGCUCAGUAACAUGAUGUAACUUGGCAUAGAAAGUGCGUGUGGGCACAUGGACCGAGCGGUGCCGUGAGUGAAGCAACAAUACAGCCGACAAGGGGGAGUUUCUUCUUGGAAAGCGCAUGCAAUCCCUACAAAAAUUCCCGGUGACUUCAGAUCCAAGGAGGUGGUGAUAUUCAUGGGAGCACGAUUCAAACUCUCUCACUUGGAGUACAGCUUCAGCAGCCCUGAAGCCAGCACGCUGCUCUCUUUUGAGCCUCUUUCUCUUGUUUAACAUAAACUAAAACAGAUGGAAUAAUGUUUGCCUAAAAUAAUAGUUGUUCACUGCUGGAAGGAAAGCUUAGAGUUUCUCACUUUGGACUGUAGUUAGGUGCUGAUUUGACAACCUGAAGACAUUACUGCGCAAUCUCUUACCUGGGCAUUAUGAAGAGGUAUCCAGGCUUUUUUCAUUCCUGGGAGAGGAUGUCGUCUUGCUGAACUCGUGUAGAUUAAUCGCGGACUUUUAUUUCAUUUGCUCACAUUUUAGUGGCUCUCAAUACAACUGUAACGCGAUCUGCCUUUUUACGCGGUACUUUCAAAACGUUGCAUGCUGAAAAUGGACCGCGCAGGAUUUGUUGUUUUGAUGCUUUUGAUUGUUGCGCUGGUGCAAAUUAGUGACAGUCACAAGGACACAACAGGUGGGAGGAAAGAGGGUGCAGGGGCAGCCCAGGCGGUGUCGAACAAGCAGCAAUCCCGGGUGAGGAGUCAAGGUCACUCGCCAAGGGAACCAGAGGACGAUGCAUCCCCGGAACCAUCCAGUGAAACUUCUCCUGGGACCAGCCGGUCAAUGACUCUUGUCCGACUUCCCAGGGGCACAUCCAAAGCAGGACCGGCUCAUGCUGCAGGCGUCUCCCGGGAAGACCCCGUCUCUGCGACGCGGGAUGGUGCGCUGCGCACCGCCAGACACCCGGGCAGCCCGCUGCACAGGAGCGGAGUGAACCGGAGGCAGAGCAGCAAGACCGGCUCUGCCAGCACAAGGAGACUUGUUGGGCCUAAUGUCUGUGGAGGUCAGCAGUGCUGCUCAGGCUGGGCUUUGGCACCAGGAACUAAUCGCUGCAUAAAACCUGACUGCCAGCCCCCCUGCCAGAACCGUGGCUCCUGCAGCCGGCCACAGACCUGCGUGUGUCGCUCAGGCUUCCAGGGGCCCCGCUGUGAGGAGGUGGCUCCAGAGCAGGUGUACAUCCGUGAUGGAGGAGCCCUGAGGCGCGUUCAACCCGGGAUCAACCCUUUCCAGAGAGACCAACCGCGAAGAAGGCCGUCAGAAAGGCAGGCCAUCGAUACCACGAAGGUCCAGCCCCCACGACCUGCGACCACCAGACUGCCUGUGACUCAAGUGAGACGGGGACCUCCUGACUCCUCCCCUCAGCAGACUGGGACCUCCCGCACUGUGAAACGUUAUCCAUCAUCUUCUGGACCAAUAACCUCCAACGCUCUACCCAAUGGCAACGGCUACGCUAAUGGCCACGGCAGCGAGCACAGAAACAGGCACGGACACAGGAAUGGGCCUAGCAACGGGCACCACAACACUAACAGGCCCACCAGCGACAGCCAGCUGCAAGGGCAGUUCAACAAUGCACUCUCACCAGCAGGGGCCAACCUCACCUCCAACCUGGACCGCAUUAAGAUCGUAUUCACGCCCAUGGUGUGCCGCAGGGUGUGCAGCGGCGGACGAUGCUACAACAGCUGUGAGAAGGGAGACAUGACCACGGUCUACAGCGAGAACCAGAACCAGCAGCAGCAUAGGCAGCAGCCAAAGAACCCGGGCUACCGACUCUUCUUCUGUCAGAUUCCCUGUCUAAAUGGAGGCCGAUGCAUUGGCAGGGACAUGUGCUGGUGUCCAUCAAACUCAACGGGGAAGUUUUGCCACCUGCCAGUCCCACCUCCUGCCAGACCCAUCCCUAACAAGGAAGCAAGCCACCAUGGACCCAAAACUCCCUCCCGCUCCAUGUACACUUUACCGCUGUCCAAUCAGCAAGUGUCCCUCCACCCAUCCUUGGUGAACGUCCACAUUCAGCACCCUGCAGACUCCGAAGUCCAUAUCCACCAAGUAGCUCGGGUGCAGCCUGGGCAGAGACCGGCCCUCAGCGAUGGGGCUCACUCUGUGCAGCAGCGCUCCCAGCCUGGGAAUGGACAUGAACACACCAGUGAGCAUAACAUCAGGCAUCCACAAACCAGUGGGAAUGGGCAUGGCCACGCCAGACAGCACAACAAUCAGAAUGGACCAGUUGGAAGAUGCUUUCAGGAAACAGUCGAUGGACAGUGUGGCAAGCCUCUGCCAGGCCUUACCAAACAGGAUGAUUGCUGUGGAAGUGUGGGCACCUCCUGGGGUCUCAACAUGUGCCAAAAGUGUCCAGCAAAACCUGCAUAUGCAGUGAUUAGAAACGGACAAGUGGAAUGUUCCAAAGGAUUCAAACGGAUGAAUCUCACACACUGUCAAGACGUCAAUGAGUGCCUGCUGCCUGGGCUCUGUAAGAACGCUGAAUGUCUCAACACCAAAGGAAGCUUCAGGUGCAUCUGUAAACCAGGCUUCUUUUUAGACCCCGACAGGAGCCAUUGUGUCUCGGACAAGGCUGUGUCUGACCAGAAGGCGUUCUGCUACCGGUCCGUGUCAGCGAGUUCAUGCUCUCUACCGAUGGUUCAUCACAUCACCAAGCAGAUCUGCUGCUGCAGCCGCGUGGGCAAGGCCUGGGGCCCCGGGUGUGAUCGCUGUCCUCUGCCGGGAUCAGACCAUUUCAAGGAGAUCUGCCCAGCGGGUCACGGAUACACGUACUCGCUCUCUGAUGUGCAGAUUUCUGUCACGCGACUCGGGGAAGAUGACCUGCAGAGCACGGGAGUGUCAUGGGAGGAGGAGAGCCCCACUUUCUCUCUGCCUCAAGUACCCUUAUACCCGGAGAACCCUGAAACGCCACAAGCACCCCGGGACCCUCAGACUCCUCAGCAUCCUCUCCAUCCCUCUCACCCAGACAGGGAGACACCUAAAGAGCGGGAAGAUACGGAAAUUCUGAGCCCGCCAGCCAUUGUGACUGACUCACCACUGAAAAAUCCAGAGACUUCUCCAGACUCCUCCAUCAUCAACCAGAGGCCGGAUUCAGGGGACACGACCCACACAGUUUCAGCCACAGGCAUUGACAAGUGUGCCACCACCCCCACCAUAUGUGGCCGCGGGAAAUGUAUCCCUGUGCAGACUGGCUACACCUGCCGCUGCGAGUCGGGAUUCAAUCUCAGCGCACUGCAGACCAACUGCAUUGAUGUGAAUGAGUGUGACGAGGAGCCAUGUGAAGGGAAGGGCCGCUGUAUUAACAGCUAUGGAUCCUAUACCUGUUACUGCCACAGUGGCUACAGCCAGGUGAUCACUCAGAACAGGAAGUUCUGUCAAGACAUUAACGAGUGCAGCAUGCCCAACAAGUGCCAGAAUGGUGACUGCGUCAACACAGAAGGAUCUUACACCUGUGAAUGCAACAGUGGCUACGCCAAGUCUUGGAGAGGCCAAUGCGAAGAUAUGGAUGAGUGCAGGGACCCCAGCUCCUGUCCAAACGGGAUCUGCGUCAACACUCUUGGCUCCUUCGAAUGCCAGGACUGCGGCCCCGGGUUCAGGCCCGUCAAUGAGAGAUGUGUGGAUGUAAACGAGUGCUUGAACCAAACAGCAUGCAGUCAUGGAAGGUGUGUCAACAUCGAGGGCUCCUAUAGGUGCAACUGUUUCCAGGGAUACAAACUCUCACCGGACAAUAUAUGCCAAGAUGUGGAUGAGUGUGCGCUUCCUGGAGUUUGUCUCCACGGCCACUGUGUCAAUCUAGACGGCACCUACAAAUGUACCUGUAACCAUGGUUACCAAGUCACCUCAGACGGCGCAGCCUGCGAAGAUGUCAACGAGUGCGCAACUGGUAAUGUGUGCCCUGCGGGAAUUUGCAUCAACACUGCAGGUUCUUACACUUGCCAGGACUGCAGGCCUGGGUUUGGACCAUCUGCUGAUGGACUGAGAUGUGAAGACGUGAAUGAGUGUGCCCAGGGUGACUUGUGUCUUGGUGGGGUGUGUGCCAACACGGAGGGAUCCUACACCUGUACCAGAUGUAAGGCUGGCUACAGAGUGUCUCAAGACCGGCAGAGGUGUGAAGAUGUUGACGAGUGCCAGUCCCUGUCUCCCUGUACCAAUGGGAUCUGUCUGAACUCGGAAGGCUCUUACACCUGUGAGAACUGCCCCACCGGGUACAGGGUAUCAUAUGACGGAGAGAUCUGUCAAGAUAUUAACGAGUGCGCGCUGCCAACCACAUGCCCCCAGGGAACAUGUACGAACACAGAUGGUUCCUUCACGUGUAUCGUCUGCCAACCUGGAUUCAGAGUCUCUGAGGAUGGACAACAGUGUGAUGAUGUGGAUGAGUGCUUGGUGUCUGACGUGUGCCAUGGCCAGCUGUGCUUGAACACCCCAGGUUCCUACUCCUGCAGGAGCUGCGGAGCCGGCCUGCAACUGUCUGAGGAUGGUUACGGCUGUGAAGACAUUGAUGAGUGUGAGACCCCAGGUGUGUGUCCCGCGGGUGUGUGCACCAACACAGAGGGCUCCUUCUCCUGCAUGGCCUGCGACCCGGGCUUCACUGUGGCUCCUAACGGGCUCUCAUGUGAAGAUGUGAAUGAAUGUGAGGACCAAAGUCUGUGUGUAGAAGGCCAGUGUACCAACACCAUCGGUUCCUAUAGCUGUUUCUGCCCCGAUGGUCUGGAGAUGGUGGAUGGGACGUCCUGCAGAGAUAUCAAUGAAUGUUUAACCGUCAUGAGGAUCUGUGGUGAAGGAGACUGUGUGAACACUAAGGGCUCCUACACAUGCAUGUGCCCUGAUGGAUUCAGCACUGUCGAUGGGAGGAUCGGCUGCCAAGAUGUGAAUGAAUGCGAAAAAGACGAUGCGUGCAUCCGGGGCGAAUGUAUCAACACUGACGGCUCGUUCUUGUGCUUGUGUGAGGCUGGCUUUAAGUUUGACACCGACACGGCUGACUGCGAAGACCAGAAUGAGUGCAAGGAGUUUGGGAGCUCAGUGUGUGGUACCUGGCGGUGCGAAAACACCAUCGGCUCCUACCGCUGUUUCAUGGGCUGCCAGCCUGGCCUCCAGGGAGACGACGCGUCGGACUGUGAUAUUGAUGAGUGUGUCAAUGAAACCAUGUGUGGGAACCACAGCUUCUGCGAGAACACGGAUGGCUCCUUCCGCUGCCAGUGUGACCAAGGCUACAACAACCCCCCCGGAGACAUGAGCAAAUGUGUCGACGUGAACGAGUGUGAGAUGAGCUUGGCGCUGUGCGGGGAGGCCCUGUGUGAGAACUUCGAUGGCAGCUUCCUGUGCAUCUGCCCCAACAACAAUGAGGAAUUUGAUCCCCUCACCAGCCAGUGCCGCUCCCUGGCUAACUCGACGCCUGCUCCUGGCGUCCCUCCAUCAGCUUCCUCAGCCGACGAGAGGAAGGAGUGUUACUACAACUUGAACGACGCCAACUUCUGCGACAACGUCUUGUCUCGCAACAGCACCAAGCAGGAGUGCUGCUGCACAGUGGGGGCCGGCUGGGGGGACAACUGCGAGAUCCACGCCUGUCCUCUCCAAGGAAGAGAUGAUUUUAACCAGUUGUGCCCUCACGGCACUGGAUUAUUACCCCAGCCCUUGUCCUUUUCACAAAACCUGGGAGAACACCGCCCUUACAUAGAUGCAAAUGAGUGUGAGAUGUUUGGAUCGGACAUUUGUAAGAACGGACAAUGUUUAAAUCUAUUUUCCACCUAUACCUGCUAUUGUCGCUCCGGAUUCUACUAUGACAACAUCCGGCUUGAGUGCGUGGAUUACGAUGAGUGUGGAUUUGGGACCGCCUGUGAGAACGGAGCGUGUGUGAACACGGCCGGCUCUUUCAACUGUUUCUGCAGCCCUCCGUUAGUCCUGGACAGCACGAGGCGGCGCUGCAUCGGCCUCAACACCACAGAAGAAACCAUUGACUCUGACCACGAUGUGCACAUGGAUAUUUGCUGGCAGCGUCUGGAGGGGGACAACGUAUGCGCAAAGCCCCUGCAGGACCGCAGAACUACAUACACUGAAUGCUGCUGCCUGUUUGGCAUCGCUUGGAGUGAACAGUGUGCCUUCUGUCCCCAAAAAGACUCGGACGACUACGCAGUGAUGUGCAACCUGCCUCGGGAAGGAGGAAGGGACAGUCUGCGAGAGGGGCCAGGGUAUGAGUAUGGUAUGGAGGGGCCGGAGGAUCCUGCGGAGCCUUUUGUUCCUCCGUACUGGGACAAUUAUGGCGGCCCCUCAGGACCCUAUGACAUUCCAGAGGGAGUUCCUCUCUUCAACGACUACGGCGUGCAACAGCCACCCUCCCGUGUGCCCAUUGCAAGACCACGGGAGCAGCAGCCACGGCCUUUGGACCCCUACGCUGGGCGCUACGAUGCCUUUGAGGGUCUCCGAGCGGAGGAGUGUGGAAUCCUGAACGGCUGUGAAAAUGGCCGCUGUGUUCGUGUGCGAGAAGGUUACACCUGCGACUGCUUUGACGGUUACGAACUUGACCUCAACAAGAUGGCCUGUUUAGACAUAAACGAGUGUGAGGACAUCAGUGACAAGGUGCCCUUGUGUCAGAACGGGCUGUGCAGCAACACAGAGGGCUCGUACAAGUGCACCUGUCUGAGCGGCUUCUUGGCCUCCGCAGAGCCGCACAGAUGCAUCCCAGAGAUCCCAGCGUCUGGGCUUCUGGAGACAGGAAACUGAGACAGACUGCUCCCUCAAAGAUCCCCUUACACCCCUCUGCCCUUUUCCCCAGGGCCCUGGCACUAAACCUCCAACAGUAACGCUUAGACGUCCAAACUCAUUUCCCUACACACACAAACACACACACUCGCAUUCAGCACAGAACACAUUCAUAUCCCCCUCACACACAUCCAACAGGAGCAGGAAUUGUGCAGUGAAUGUAUAACAUGGGAUUUAGUAUUCACCAGAUAUCCAUUUGCCUUAAAGGGAUUUUGUGGACUGAUCUAUUUUUAUUCAGUAACCCCAGGCAGUUUGAUAUGCAGAUAUAUUUUCCACAUUAUUUUCUCUGUCACUUUCUUUUGUUGUGUUAUUUAUUUCAUUUACAUGACGGGCCUCUGCAAACUAAGAAAGCGACCUUUUUCAGUGGGCAUACAUGGAUUUCUCCUUUUGUAUUUGUCUCACCUCAGAGACAGAGUGGGGAGAUAAUAAAUGUGUUUAUAAAAGAAGGAAUGUUAGAGAGAAUCAGCCACUCAUAAAUCAGCUUGUGCCUCACCAUCAAACCUCACACCAGUUUUCUCACUCACUCAUUGUAAUUAGCAUCGACCUUGGACUAAAUGGACCCCAGGGUUGAUAGACAUCUGAAAUUAAAGGAAAGAAAGUUUUCCCACAACCACCUUUCUCUUCUUCAAGAUUAACCACGAGCUGAAGAAUCUCUGGACCCAGAAGUGAGGAAUGAACACAGCCAAACUACACAUUCAAAACGUCAGCCUUUAAGUGGACCUAGAAAGACUGUAGAUGUAUAUGAUGAUCUAUGUAAUGUUUUAAAAAAAAAAAAAGGUGCAAUAGGUAUAACCUGCCUUCCUCUGUUUAACACCCUUUUUAUGAUCUUAAUACCAGCAAUGAAGUAGGAAAACAUGGACUCGUUUGCUGAUCCCGUUUUAUUUUAUUUUUAACAGUAUUAACUUGUUUUUUAUGUCUGUGAAAACCAUAUGUACCAUGACCUAUAGGCUACAUUCUAGCCUUAAACCACAGGAAGGUAAGUUAGUUAAAAUUAUCCACAAAUAUCACAGCUUGAAGUGAAAGUUUUAUGAACCAGGGUCACACAUCAGAUCAUUCCCACGUGUGCAUCUCGAAUGCAUGUAAAGACACAGGCUUUGUUGGAGAGGUUUGGUAUAUUUUGUACAGAUCUAGUACUAUGUAUUAUUUUUGUUACAUAUUCUCUUAAUGCAUUAUAGCACAACCAAUAUUUUGUUUGACAUAAAACGUAAAAAUGUAAGAAAAAUCUGGCAUUAUAGCUUUGUAGAUUUAUACAUGUCUGUAAAAAUGUUUUUUGUUUUUUUUAUGUAUGAGGAGAGUGGCUGACACUGUACCAGAGGAACUGUGUGUAUACCCUGCCCUGUGGAGCAGACAAUGAAAUAUAUUUUUUUGGAAGUGGCAGCACUGUUCUAAAAGACAUUUUGUCUCUUCAAGUUCAUUACAAAGACAAUGCUUUUGAAAUGCAAGCACCAACUCCUGUGCGUCACAACUCUAUGGCUAAAUAUUAGUAAUUGUGAACAUUAUUUCUUUUAGUCUCUGUUUGAUCCUUAUGUCAUGAAUGUAUCAUAGACAGUACCAUGUGGUUUCUGAACUCCCACUUAUACCUUUUUGUGUUUUAUAUUCAGGUUUAGAAUAUAAUGGCACUAUUUGUCUAAUGGACUAAACUUCUUCCAGCAGUGCAGAAACAUAAAAGUCUCAUUCCAACAUGGAGAAGGACUAAAGUUGAUGAUUAUACUCUUAACAUGCAUUUGUAACCUACAGUAUAAACCUAGAGUUGUACAAAUGUCUCCACUUGAUGUCCACUUUUCUGUGCUGUAUUCAUCAGCUAACCCGGAUCGGAAGUCUAACAUUUAGGUCAAAGUUGGAAUAUUUAAAGCCUUUCAAAACUGCAAAUAACUUGCAAUAAAUGUCUUGUUUUAAAGCUGUG